GCGGGCGCCGGACCCCCAGGCGGAGCGACAGGUCUCGGGCCCUCAGGCGGAGCGGCGGGCGCCGGACCCCCAGGAGGAGCGACAGGUCUCGGGCCCUCAGGCGGAGCGGCGGGCGCCGGACCCCCAGGUGGAGCGACAGGUCUCGGGCCCUCAGGCGGAGCGGCGGGCGCCGGACCCCCAGGCGGAGCGGCGGGCACCGAGACACCAGGCACGACAGUGGGCUCCGAGUCAACUGGUAUGACCGCAGGCACUGGGUCAGACAUUGGAUGGUCUGGCUGGACAGCGGGCAUCGGGUCACCAGGCAUCAGGUCAUUUGGCUCGACAGCGGGCACCGCGUCAUCUGGCAAGGCAGUGGGCUCCGAGUCAACUGGUAUGACCGCGGGCACUGGGUCAGACAUUGGAUCGUCUGACUGGACAGCGGGCAUCGGGUCACCAGGCAUCAGGUCAUUUGGCUCGACAGCGGGCACCGCGUCAUCUGGCAAGGCAGUGGUCUCCGAGUCA